AUGUCUGGACGUGGAAAAGGAGGCAAAGUCAAGGGAAAGGCAAAGUCCCGUUCGAGCCGCGCUGGAUUACAGUUUCCAGUCGGUCGUAUUCACCGUCUACUCCGAAAGGGCAACUAUGCCGAGCGUGUUGGAGCCGGUGCUCCCGUCUACCUGGCUGCCGUGAUGGAGUAUCUGGCCGCUGAAGUUCUCGAGUUGGCAGGAAAUGCCGCUCGUGACAACAAGAAAACCCGAAUUAUCCCACGUCACCUGCAGUUGGCCAUCCGCAACGACGAAGAGCUGAACAAACUUCUUUCCGGAGUGACCAUCGCUCAGGGUGGUGUCCUGCCAAACAUCCAGGCCGUCCUGUUGCCCAAGAAGACCGAAAAGAAGGCUUAAAUUCGAUCGAAGUUCCCACCC